CGAGUGAAGGUGUAUCGGCUGAACGACGAUGGGAAGUGGGACGACAAGGGAACAGGCCACGUGUCAGUGGAAUACCUCGAGAGGUCGGACGCCAUAGGGCUGGUGGUGAUAGACGAGGAGGACAAUGCGACACUGCUGGUGCACCGCAUAUCAGCAGAUGACAUUUACCAGCGGCAAGAAGACACCAUCAUCUCAUGGACGGACCCCGAGGUAGCAACAGAUUUGGCGCUGAGCUUCCAAGAAAGCAUGGGGUGCUCCUACAUAUGGGAGCAAAUAUGCAACGUGCAGCGUCAAGUGCAGGUGCCUCCAGGCACUGAGGGAGGAGGGGCAGGCGCAAGGGACGAGAUUGCAAUACACGAGGCAUACACAGAGAAUGCCCUUGAAGCAGCAACAGACAUGUCUGAGUUACCUGCAGUGGAGCUCAGGAACCUUCCUGUCAUUGCCAAGAUGCUAACAGACGUGCCAUUGUUCCACAAAGACCGCAUCGCCUCACUCGUCCUUAGAGAGGGCUACGUGCCCAAGCUGCUGGACCUCUUCCGCCAGUGCGAGGAUCUGGAGAAUCUAGACGGGCUGCACCACCUCUACCGCAUUGCCAAGGGGCUGGUCCUUCUGAACGACACCAACCUCUUCGACCUGCUCUUUGCCGACAACGCCAUCCUGGACCUCGUCGGAGCUCUUGAAUACGACCCCGACCUGCCGUCACGCCAGCAGCACCGCAAGUUCCUGCUGGAGCAGGUGGAGUAUCGCGAGGCCGUGCCCAUCCAGGACCCGGCCCUGCGCUCCAAGAUCCACCAGACUUACCGCUUAGGUUAUAUUAAGGAUGUGAUUUUACCGCGGGUGUUGGAUGACCAGACAUACGGCACCUUCAACUCCCUCAUUCUGUUCAAUAAUGUGGAGGUGGUGUCCACGCUGCAGGGCGACAAGCCGUUCCUCUCGGACCUAUUCUCCCAACUGCGAACCAAAGACCCCUCCUCCCAGGCGUUUAGAGACCUGGUCCGGUUUCUUCAGGAGUUUUGCUCGCUGCACAAGCACCUGCAGAUAACACAGAGAAACCAGUCUUUCAGUGCGCUGAUUGGCCUGGGCCUUUUUGAAAUCGUCACCACGAUCUUGCAACACAGUGAUGCCUCCCUCCGCCUGUGCGGAACCGACAUCCUUAUGUCUUCUCUCAGUCCCGACCCUGCCCCCCUGCGCACCUUUCUCGUGGAACAACCCGGCCACACACUCUUCUCCUGCCUUGUGAAGGGCAUGGUGGAGCGCAGGCAGGGGGAGGCGGGGUCUCAUGUGCAGCUGCUAGAAAUACUGAGGCAGCUGCUAGACACCGACACCAUGGACACUGGCUAUUGUGACGAGCCACACUCUCUAAGUGAUUUCAAUACAGCUCUUAGAAAUACUGAGGCAGUUGCUACACACCGACACCAUGGGCCCUGGCUACUGGGAAGAACAAGCUGUUGUGCUUCCCCUUCCCAUCUCCCCUCCCAGGUGAAAGGCAUGGUGGAGCGCAGUCAGGGGGAGGCGGGUUCUCACGUGCAGCUGUUAGAAAUACUGAGGCAGUUGCUAGACACAGACACCAUGGACACUGCGGAAAAGAACAAGUUUCUCGACGUGUUUUAUGAGGACUUCCGAAUGAAGUACUAUGUGUUGCGAAACAACGUGGUCGAGAAGGUGCUGCGGCUGGUCAAACGCAGGGAGAGGUACCUCGUGGCGGCGGCUGUGAGAUUUCUGCGCUCCUGCAUCAGCCUCAAGGACGAUUUCUACCUGCGCUAUCUCGUGAAGAACCGCCUGUUUGAGCCGGUGAUUGCAGCCUUCAGAGCCAACGGCAGUCGCUACAACCUCCUCAACUCCGCGGUGCUGGAUUUGGUCGAAUUCAUCCGCAAGUCGCUGGUGACGCAUCUAGUGGAGACAUACGGCUCCUGGUUUGACUCGGUUGACUACGUUGACUCCUUCAAGCUGCUGCGCCUCAAAUACGAGCAAAACCUGGAAUCAAUGCGACCAGCAGAGGAGCCUUCUGCUGCCCCACCGCCCUCGCACCUGCCACGGGCCACAGCCGUUAGUGUGCAAUCGGGCGGCGACAGGUGGCGGCACGAGAGUGGUGGAGGGGGAGCGGCAGGGGGAGAAGGGGGGAGGAGUGGGGAGGGGGUGGAGCGGGGAGGGCGAGUGAGGGCGGAGAAGAGGAGAGUGAGGGAGGAGAGGGAGUUGGAGAGAGAGGAGGAGGAUUACUUUGAAAGUGGAGGGGACAGUGACGAGGAUGAGCCAGCAGCACAGGAGGAGGAGCACGAUGACAGCCUGCCAGUGCUCGACCCGUCAGGCACACCCCCCCUGCUACGCCACAAGUCGCGCUCUCCCUCUCCCCCUCGCUCCCUCGCCAACGGCAUCAUUCCAGACCCAUCUAGGAAGCCGCCAUUUGGACUCGUAGAUUACGAGGAUGAGGACGACGAAGACCGCCCCUCCUCCUCCCCUUUCCCUCCCAGCCCCCGGCCCUCCACCGGCUCCCCAGCCUUGGGAAGAGGCUUUGAGCCUCGGGAAGAGGCUCGGGGAGAAGCUCGGAACGGGCCGAAGCGGAGCGGUACGGGAGGAGCAGGUUCGGGAGGGAAGGAUGGGCCGUCCCAAGGUGUGCAGAAGAAGCGGAAAUCUUCAGAUGGUGGGGGCGGAUUCAGGAGAAUAUCUGGGGGGCAGCAAUGGAGGGCCGAAUCGGAGCAGCAGCAAGGCCAUAGAGCAAUUGUCAUCCCCAAAAUCCUCGUCUUCCCCCACUUCCCCCUCUUCCUCCUCUCCCAAGUCGUCUCCUUCAUCCUCGCCUAA